AUGCAAAACGUUGCUGCUUCUGUAACAGAUACUUUUGGGAACAUGAGACCAUGGUUCCAAAAAGUCACUAAUCAGGCCAAAACAACAGAUUCAAAAUACUUUACCACUACGAAAAAGGGUGAGAUUUUCGAACUGAAGGCCGAACUACAAAGUGAAAAGAAAGAAAAGAAGAAGGAAGCUGUUAAAAAGGUUAUUGCCAGCAUGACUGUAGGAAAGGAUGUUAGCGCUUUGUUCCCUGAUGUUAUGAAUUGUAUGCAAACAGAUAACCUGGAACUGAAGAAACUAGUUUAUCUAUAUCUCAUAAAUUAUGCUAAAACCCAACCAGACACUUCGAUAAUGACAGUUAGCACGUUUGUCAGGGAUUGUGACGACCCUAAUCCAUUGAUCCGAGCUUUGGCAGUUCGCACAAUGGGCUGCAUUCGCGUCGAAAAGAUCACUGCGUAUUAUUGUGAUCCGUUGCGAAAGUGUCUAAAGGAUGAAGAUCCAUAUGUCCGCAAAACCGCUGCAAUUUGCGUGGCGAAGCUUUAUGACAUUGACCCAACACUAGUUGAAGACAAUGGCUUCCUCGAGUUACUGAGGAAUCUCUUGAGUGAUAGCAACCCAAUGGUUGUCACGAAUGCCGUAGCUGCGAUUUCCGAAAUAUUGGAAACAACCCAGUCGGAUGCGGCCACGAAUCUUCUAAAGAUUGAUCAACAGAUUGUAAAUAAACUGCUAACAGCGUUAAACGAGUGCAACGAGUGGGGUCAGGUUUUCAUCCUCGAUGCCAUUGCAGACUACACUCCUUCAGACGAGAGGGAGGCUCGUAGUAUUAUUGAGCGUGUCAUGCCCCGUCUGCAGCAUGCCAACGCUGCAGUUGUCUUAUCUGCGGUCAAGGUGAUCAUUCGCACUCUCGGUUUCAUUGACUCGGAGUCUGAUUUGGCCCAGACCACCUCAAAAAAAUUGGCACCCCCUCUGGUGACUCUACUCUCAGCUGAACCUGAGAUCCAGUAUGUAGCACUACGAAACAUAAACCUGAUCUCUCAGAGGAACAAAGAUCUUCUUAAGCAAGAAAUUAAGGUGACCCAAUGUCUUUGCUCCUUACUCAUUGUGUUCCAGGCCUUCUUCGUAAAAUAUAAUGAUCCGAUUUACGUAAAGUUAGAAAAACUGGAUAUCAUGAUCAGACUUACGAAUCAGGCAAACAUCGCCCAUGUUCUUGCAGAAUUAAAAGAAUAUGCAAAGGAAGUGGAUGUAGACUUUGUGCGUAAGGCUGUGCGUGCUAUUGGACGGUGUGCUAUCAAGGUUGAGGCUUCUGCUGAACGCUGCGUCAGCACAUUGGUCGAGUUAAUAAAUACCAAGGUUAAUUAUGUCGUUCAAGAGGCUAUUGUCGUCAUAAAGUAUCCAAACAAGUACGAGAGCAUUAUUGCUAAUCUUUGUGAGAAUUUGGAUACUUUGGAUGAACCGGAAGCUCGAGCUUCAAUGAUUUGGAUUAUCGGUGAGUACGCAGAACGCAUUGACAACGCCGACGAGCUACUGCAAUCCUUCUUGGAUGGAUUUCAUGAUGAAAAUACUCAAGUUCAACUCCAACUCCUUACGGCUAUUGUAAAACUAUUCCUGAAAAGACCCUCUGACACUCAGGAACUUGUUCAAAAUGUCCUAGGUUUGGCUACUCUGGAAUCAGAUAAUCCAGACUUGCGCGAUCGUGGCUACAUUUACUGGCGCCUCCUGUCGACCGAUCCCACUGCAGCGAAGGAGGUCGUUCUUGCGGAAAAGCCAUUGAUUUCUGAGGAGACUGACUUGCUUGAACCCUCCCUCUUAGAUGAAUUGAUUUGCAAUCUUGGCAGUCUUGCUAGCGUCUACCAUCAGCCACCUAGUGCAUUUGUAGAGGGCAAGCAUAUCUCGAGAAAACAUCUCUUUGCUACUUCGGCAACUACUAGUAAAGGUGGCGAGGCUAGUGGAUCUCAACAGCCAACUACUAUGGUCAUUCCAACUCAGGAAACAUUGAUAGGAGAUCUCUUGGAUAUUGAUGCUGUGCCAAACACAGCUAUAGCACCAUCGGUCGGCUACACAGGCACUCCUAUUCCCGGGCUUGAAGUCGAAGCACCGGAUCUUCUUGGUGAUGGUCUUGACGACCUCCUUCCGGGCGUCACUCCGAAGACCUCUGCUGCAACGCCAACUGGUGCGUCCGAGUCCACCGCCGACGCGCUGGCGGACAUCUUUAAGGGAAUAAGUGCAGGUAGUGGGGUGUCCCCAACUUUCACCAUUCCUGCUAGUCACGAUCUUGCCUCUAUCGUGAUGACUCCUGCCGCCUCCACUACCUACACACCACCGCCGGGCAUAUGGUUGGAGUCUUCUCGGGGUAAGGGUCUCGAGAUCUCAGGUACAUUCAGUGUGAGUCCCUCCACCAAUCAGCCUCAAAUGGAACUCAUCUUCACAAACAACGCGCUCUCCCCUAUGACCGGAUUUGCGAUCCAAUUCAAUAAGAAUAGUUUUGGACUGGCUCCUGCUCAAUCCCUCAAUGUGCCCAGCCCUUUGCAACCCAAGCAGUCGGUCCAAGUGACACUGCCUUUAGGAUUCGGCAAUCAAGUUGUAAAGGUGGAUCCACUUAUGAAUUUACAGGUGGCGGUGAAGAACAAUGUGGGUGUCUUCUACUUCGCCUGCCUUGUGCCCAUUCACGUGCUCUUUACAACGGCGGGAGAGAUGGAGAAGAUGGUCUUUCUUGCCACUUGGAAGGAUAUUCCCGCUGAAAACGAGCAGCAAUUUGUUCUCGGUCCUCUCUCUUUGGAUGCGGAUGCCUGCUCGCAGAAACUACGCAACAAUAAUGUCUUCACCAUUGCCAAGCGCAACGUUGAUGGACAGGAUAUGCUCUAUCAGUCGAUCAAGCUUUGCAACGGAAUUUGGGUUUUGGCAGAGCUGAAGAUCCAACCUGGUAAUCCGUCGUACACGUUGUCCCUGAAAUCACGAGCAAUGGAUGUACAUCCUUACGUAAGGGAGGCGUUCCACGGAAUCCUCUCCAAUUAA